UUUUGCAACUUCCAAGAAUAGUGGGAUUUGUAAGAGAAGCAGAGAGACAUGGCUAGGAAAUCAUUUACGUUGUGAGAGAGGGCUGUAGAGCAGAGGGGGCCAGUGGCUAAUGGUGAGGCAAAAAUUACCCAGAAAAAAGAAAAUUUAAAUAAAAAAGGGAAGUUUUUUGCCAUCCUCUCCAUGUCUCCAACUGCUGGCCCAUCUGAGAAAUCCUGAUUUUCUCUCACCCAUUUUAGGGCAAUUUUGUUUUUGUUUGCAGAAAAUUUUUAGGGGAAAACUAAAGAAAUAAUAAUUUAUAGGGCAAAAAUUAGGUGAGCAAUUUUUCUCGAUGGGUGGGCAAAAGUUCCCAGAUUUUGCUCCACCCUCUAAAUGCACUGAUCGUCCCUCGGCGAAGAAAAGGCUCUAUCAAGUUUGGAGGGGUCGAAAUAAAUUUUUAUGUGGCGGGAGAUUGGUCUUUGGUCCUGAUGCAGGAUCAGUCGUUUUGUCGACGGUCCUCAUAGGUGGUCCUGCAUUAACAUUCUGUAUAAAGAUGCUUAUGAGGAUCUCAGAGGUCGAUUUCUUGUACGGGCGCAUUGUAUUGACUGGGGGAUUUUUCCUCACAUUUUUGGUGGGCAAACCUCUAUAUAUGUUGCAUUUAUCAGGAAUAAUUUUGAAUGAGUUUUCUCACUUGUCAUUGCAUUGUUUGCAGGCUUUGACAUUUCUCUACAUGACAGCUGCAAGAAAUCCUGGUAUAGUUCCUAGGAACAACCGGCCACCGGUUGAUUGUGAGGUAGAGUCGGUUAGAUCCAUGGAUUGGGUCAGCUGUGGAACUCCUUCGUUCAAGAUACCAAGGACGAAGGACGUUAUGGUGAAUGGCCACACAGUUAGAGUCAAGUUUUGUGAUACUUGCUUGUUGUAUCGCCCACCACGUGCAUCCCAUUGCUCUAUCUGCAACAACUGUGUCCAGAGGUUCGAUCACCACUGUCCGUGGGUGGGCCAGUGUAUUGGAGUUCGAAACUACAGGACCUUCUUCUUGUUUGUGACAACAUCAACAGCCUUGUGCAUAUACGUUUUCACGUUCUCUUUGUUGAACCUACUCAAGAAACCAGGUCCCCUGUGGCGAAACAUGUCAAACGAUGUUGUAUCAGUUACCCUAAUCGUUUACUGCUUCAUCUCCGUGUGGUUUGUUGGUGGGCUCAGCGUCUUCCAUUCCUAUCUCGUAUCAACCAACCAGACGACGUAUGAGAACUUCAGGUACCGUUAUGAUAGGAAGGAGAAUCCAUACAAUCGCGGGAUAGCCAAGAACAUCAAGGAGAUCUUCUUCUCUAAGCCAGUAGCUACUCCGAUAAACUUCCGGGAAUGGGUGGACGAAGCAGAUUUCUACAUAGAAUCCAUAUCUAGAAAGUUCAGCGCCGACUUUAUCAAGACACACGGGAAGCUAGACCUAGAACUCGGUGUUGUUGGCAAGGACGGCAAACCACUCCCGGGCAUUCUGCAGCAUCUGGAUUACAACGGAAUCGAGGAGAGCUUGAAGAAGGCCAAAGGAGGGAAGGUAAUUCUUGAUCCUUAUUUCCUUCCCUCCGAUCACGAAGACAGAUACACAACAGGGGAUAGUUUCACUGACGAUGAUCGGUCUGAGUUUAGCUCUCAGAGAACAUCUUCUGCAGUGUUUCGUAGAUAAGCAUGAAGGUUGAAUGGCUGAUCACAAUCACACAGCAAAACUUGCUUAAACCGCAUUGACAGAGAAGAAUAUGGAAAGAAAUGUGUAUAGUUACACCUCUUUUACUGUUUGUGGCUGCAUAGAUUUUUCAUUUUUCCUUGUUCUUUUAUGGCUCUCAUUUUUAGGGCUUUCCAUUGUGAUUUUCUUUUUUAAUUUUUUGGUUAGGAAAUAUUUUUGCAUUUUGUCACAGCAGGAAAGAGAUGUAUUCUGCGGUUUACAGUUUUACCAAUUUUGCUACAAAAAGUUCCACAGCAGACUUCGUAUUUUCCAUUGUUUUUAACUUAUUAGAGUAUUGCCGUGAUGGUGUUGUAAUGUAUUUGUGUAAAAUACAGAGAUUGGAACAUGAUACGAAGUUUAAAAUUGAACUGCAAAA